AUGGCACUCUUUGGUACAUUCCACUACAUUGGCUCCAUUGUAUGUCAUAUUCACACAAUAUUUCUUUUUAGGAGCGGAAUACUUGAUCGCAUUAACGGCUCGAAUUACCAAGGCAGUAUAUUCUCGUUUAUUGUGACAAACAUUAUUUUAACUGCACAUCGUCUCCUUUACACAGUUUUCCCCUUGAAAGCACGACAAAUACUGUCUAAGAAGAUAUUAAAGUUCUGUAUUGCGCUCAUAGUAGCAUUCUAUAUUACAUACGUAAGCUUAACUCUGACUCCACUAGCUGCGGUUGUGUACUGCCCUUCGCAGUUUCUCUUCUAUUUUGAGAGAAGGCCUUUGUCAUAUUUUAUUGCAAAGAUGAAUAAAAUGGCCGACUUCGCCGUGGGUGUUGUGAAUAUCGCUAUCUAUACUAUCAUGUUUGGCACAUUGUUCUUAAAAGGAGCCAUUACAUUCAAGAAAAACCAUGAGAUUCGGAUGACAUUGCAAUUACGUAUUUACGUACGCUACCCAAGAGCUCUUUAA